AUGAUAAUUCAUAAUUUGAAAGCAUGUAUUAAAAAUUGAAUUUAAUUUAGAAUAUAGAUCAUUGAUAAGAUGUUUUAUUGCACAGUUAAAGAUUAAUAAAUGGUAUUUAAAUAAGGAGAUAAAGCAAGCUUAUUUUUAAUAAUUGCCAGUGGUAGAUGCAAAGUUAGAAUAAAUAAUAAUAAAACAAAAUUUUUUUAAUCUGGAUAGUCAUUUGGGGAAUUAUAAAUUUUGUACAAUGUUCCAAGAUCUGCUUGAGUAAAAGCAUUAGGAAGUACUAAAUUUAAUAAUUUUAGAUUGUUCUUUUUGGGCUAUAGAUAGAAAUAUAUUUAGAAAAGCAAUAGAAGAAAUAUCGUUGAAGGAUUAUGAAUAAAAUUAAGAAAUAAUAUAGAAAGUUAAAUGUUUUUGUAAUAAAAUAAAAAUAAUUGGUUAGAGUCACUUACUUAUGAUUAAAGAAAAGCAAUCUCAUCAUUUGUAAUAACCCUAAGCUUUGAUGCUGGAAAGAUAAUUGUAAGGAAGGGUGAUUAAGCAGAUUCAUUUUUUAUUAUUAAAAAAGGAGAGGUUGAAAUUUAUAAGGGAGAUGAUUAAUUGAUAAGAGCUUAAGAAGGAGAUUCAUUUGAAGAAUAUUCAUUAUAAAAUAAUUCAGUAAGAUAAGCAACAGUCUAAGCAUAUAAAGAGAGUUUAAAGCAAAAGAUAAACAAGACAGGAUUGUAUGUAAAGGGAGUGGAGUUUAUUGACUGUAAAUGCAUCGAUAAAAGUUAUUUAUUUGAAGCAGAAACGAUGGAUUCAGUAUCAAAUUAGGAUGAAAUACGGCCGAAUUUGCUAAAGAUUGUAUUAUAACUUAACAUGUUUUUAUUAAUUUCAAACUAAUGUUAAUUAAAUUACAAUAAAUAAAUAAAAUUUUAAAUGAAAAUCAUUUUUUUUUCAUCCUUCAUUAAUUGA